CGUGUCCGAGGGCCGCAGCCCCGCGCCCACUGGCCGCCCGAGGCAGCCACGACCACCUCCGCCCACCUCCGGAAUGGACGCCGGCAGCGAGGCCGGGGAGCCGGGCCGCCGCCCGACGCUGGCCGCCUCCUGGGAUGCCGCCGGCGGAGUCCUGACCCAGAGCCUCGUCCUCCUGCGGGCUGGCGUGGACGCCCGGGACCCGGACUGGGAGGAGCAGCUGGCGCCGCCGGCUCCGGGCCAGGGUCUGGUGCGUUUGGAGAGGAGCCAGUGCAGCCAGGACGAGGCCCCCUGCUUCCUGUACCUGCUGUGUGACCCUGAGGGAGGGGACGCCGUGGCGGCCGUCGGCGUCGUGAGCUCAGCGAGAAACAUGGAGGUGUACCUGGGCCAGGAGUACUGUGGAACCAGCAGGGGCGAGAGCGUCGGUUCCGUCCCGAGGGGCAGUGAACAUGAAAAGAUUAUUUUGUACAAAAACUAUCUAAAAUUGGAGUCAUGCACACAUGCUUGUAAGAUAAGGUUGCUGUCGUUGGGUGAGAAGCAGUGUGUGUUCCUCAGUAGAGUUGUGGUGCACGUGAGGUCGGUUCCGGCAAAUUCCUCCACACGCUCUCCUGCUCUGGGGUCCAGGAUAGACCUGGACAAGGUCCAAACCAUGAUGCGGUCCAUGGGCUCCAAGUUAUCGCCGGGUGCCCAGCAGCUGAUGGAUAUGGUUCGGUUUCAGCAGCAGAACCGGAUUCCCGUCGGGGAGCAGCUGCAGGCGGUCCUGGGGAGCCCUGGGUACCAGCAUCUGGGCGCGCUGCAGUCCCCAGCGGCUGCGGGAGCCCCCGCCAAGUCAGCGUGCACACCUGUGCCUGUCAGGACUGCACUGGCGCCCGGUGACACCGCGGGAAGCGCACAGGUGCACGGUGGAGAAAACGCGGCAGCCCUGGACGGGUGCAGAACGGAGCCCCAGAGGGGAAGUGGAGCCGCCAGGACUAGAACCGGCACCCACAUGGGAUGCCGGCACCACAGGGGGAGGCUGUACUACUGCACCACAGCGCCGGCCCUAAUUGAUGCCCUUUUGUGUCUCACACUGAUGUCUUUGCUGAGGUCACACUCAUAUUCUAAGAGAAUGGAAACACAGCCUGUUUGCUCCUACUUGGAGAAGAUUCUUUCCAAAAACAUGGAGCUGAUGGAAAAGAAACUCAUGGACUACAUUGACGAGCGGGUGCGCAGACUGCAGGAGCACGUGGACCGCCAGCUGGCCGUGGUGGUGGAGCUGCCGCAGAGCCCCAGCGCCCCGCCUGCCGGGCUGCCUCUGCCGCGCUGCGACUCUGGGGAAAGACUUUCCAAUGGAGAGCGAUGAGCGCUGUCCUACACGCCGUGUCCCGGGGGUAUUUAUUGCGUAUUUAUUGCAAAGCCAGACCCAGCGCCCUGAGAGGCAGGUGUUCAGAGUCCUCUGAAGGAUCGCCGUCUUGCCUAACGUGACCUCAGUGUCCAUCUGCGCCGCGCCCGUCACUGCAAAUCCAGUUGUGUACACUAGGAGUUCACACGAUGCGGUCAUGAAGGAGGUUUGUGUGCGAUAUUUCUCACUCUUACAGGAAUUUAUACAUGCCUCUGAUGUUUAAGUGUUUAAUGUGUUUAAGGAUUUCUACUGUAAUUCAUUAGUUUGCAUUGUAUAUGUGUUUUUAUUUUUUUUUUUUUUAUUUUUUUGACAGGCAGAGUGGACAGUGAGAGAGAGAGACAGAGAGAAAGGUCUUCCUUUUGCCGUUGGUUCACCCUCCAAUGGCCGCCGCGGCUGGCGCGCAGCGGCCAGCGCAACGCGCUGAUCCGAUGGCAGGAGCCAGGUGCUUCUCCUGGUCUCCCAUGGGGUGCAGGGCCCAAGCACUUGGGCCAUCCUCCACUGCACUCCCUGGCCAUAGCAGAGAGCUGGCCUGGAAGAGGGGCAACCGGGACAGAAUCCGGCGCCCCGACCGGGACUAGAACCUGGUGUGCUGGCGCUGCAAGGCGGAGGAUUAGCCUAGUGAGCCGCGGUGCCGGCUAUAUGUGUUUGAUUAAAGUGAAUUUCUUAUUUAUAUAAAGACCUUACUUUAUAGUCUUAGGCACCUGAAAAAUAGAGCUUGAAAGUAUUUGAUUUUUUUCUUAUUGUUUUUUGGAAAAUUGGAUAUGUAAGAGUUGGAAUCUUUAAUUUGUAUUGUAUAUCUGAGAUAAUGAAUAAGAUGCAUUUUUUUUUUGACAGAUAGAGUUAGACAGAGAGAGAGAGAGACAGAGAGAAAGGUCUUCCUUCUGUUGGUUCACCCCCCAAAAUGGCCGCUACGGCCGGAGCUGCACCGACCCGAAGCCAGGAUCCAGGUGCUUCCUCCUGGUCUCCCAUGCAGGUGCAGGGCCCAAGCACUUGGGCCAUCCUCCACUGCCUUCUCGGGCCACAGCAGAGAGCUGGACUGGAAGAGGAGCAACCAGGACUAGAACCCGGCGCCCAUAUGGGAUGCCUGUGCCGCAGACGGAGGAUUAACCAAGUGAGCCAAGCGCCGGCCCCAAGACGCAGUUUGUUUAACAAGCAAACUCAGUUCCUGCCGGGGCCAUUAAUACUUACUUCGCAGUGUCGCUGUGGAAAGGAAAGUGAAAGUCAGAAUCCACUCCUUCCUAGGACUGCUCCUUGUUGGAAUUCCGUGCGGUUUGGGUUGUUAUGCAGAAUGGGCACAGUCGUAAGUCUCGGAGGCGGCAGGUUGGACUCCUCUCCCGUGUUCACAGUGGGACGGCCGGGCUCUGCGGGAGGAGCUGUAGGAUUCCAGGAAGUUGCCUGGAAGACUCCAUUUUCAGAACUCGUGACUUGCAUGUGUGUUGAAGGUGAGAUAUUUGUCGAAAAAUAAAUGCACGUACGCCUCACUUGUAGGGUAAUUCUUGCUUAAAAUGUUUUAUUUCUUAGAAAAGCAUGUCAUACACAUUAUUUUCUGGCAAAUUUGUUUUCAAAACCAGGCCUCAUUUGCAUACUGCUUGUUCAUUUCUGUCCCAUAAAGGUGAUCAGCGUGAAGCCACUGUGGUCACCCUUGACGAGCCACUGUUCCUGGGCAGUCGUGACGCACACAGCUGUAUGGCGAUCCUUUGUCCCGGAGCAGGCGGUCUCGCUGAGGGCUCACCCCGUCAGCUGACCCCACGGCUUCUGUGGUGCGGCCUGUUCCCCGAGCCACAGGCACGGCUGUGAAUGCAGACCGUCAACCCAGUCCGAGUUCUUUUGCUGUGUCCCGAUGCUUACAUGCCACAGCGGGGAAGCACAGUCGUUUCUCAAAGAAAUGUUUGGCACUGUGAGGUUUGCUAACUGUGGUUUCCCUACGGGCUCUGAGGACUGCGUGCAUUGAAUACUCAGAACGGUGCCGGCACACCAGACGGAACGUUGAUUAGUUUAGUGUUUGUGCUAAAACGCAGAGACAAAAAUGUCCCCCAAAGCGUAUCUAUUUCAAAUGGCCGGUUUAGUUUGGUCCCCCGGUGUGAAAUAGAAAAGGUGUGAAAUUCAAGUAUUAUAGCAAGGCUUUUCCCAAUUUUUAACAGUGUUUUCCAUGGUUGUAAAACGCGUUUGGUCAAUUGGGAAAAUUUCCUCCUUGAAGUUGGAAGAAGAUGGUUUUCUACUGUGGAAUUUCUAUAAUUACAUCCACUCACAAAUUUUCAAAUUUGCAACUCCAUCAUA